AUGCGAUUCUCUAAAACAUCUCUCGUUUCCGCCUCCCUACUGCUAGGGCAGGCGGCCGCCGAACUUCCUCCCAUUGUCAUGAAGGGGUCCAAAUUCUUCUACGAAAAUGGCACCCAAUUCUUCAUGAAGGGUGUUGCUUACCAGCAAGACAGCGCCGCCUCCGGCCAGUCCACCGGCAGCUCCAAGUACAGCGACCCUCUUGCCGAUCCCGCCAGCUGCAGACGCGACGUCCCCCUUCUCAAGCAACUCCGUACCAACACCAUCCGUACCUAUGCCAUUGACCCAACCAAGAACCACGACGAGUGCAUGAAGCUUCUCGACGACGCCGGCAUCUAUGUCAUCAGCGAUCUUAGCGAGCCAAGCUUGUCGGUCAACCGCGACGACCCCAAGUGGGACGUCGAGUUGCUCAAGCGAUACACUGAUGUCGUCGACGCCCUGAGCGGGUACAGCAACGUGAUCGGCUUCUUCGCUGGUAACGAGGUCACCAACAAUGCCACCAAUACUGAUGCCUCUGCCUACGUCAAGGCCGCUGUCCGCGACACCAAGAACCACAUCAAGGCCACCACCAAGCGCUGGUUGGGCGUUGGCUAUGCUGCCAACGAUGACGCCGAUAUCCGUGAAAACAUUGCCAAGUACUUCAACUGCGGCAACCAGAGCGAGGCCAUCGAUUACUGGGGAUACAACAUCUACUCGUGGUGCGGCGAGAGCUCUUUCACGGAUUCGGGCUAUGAUAAGCAGGUCGAGUUCUUCAAGGGGUACUCGGUGCCUGUCUUCUUUGCCGAAUAUGGCUGCAACAUUCCCCACGGUGCUGAGGGUCGUAUCUGGGAGGAGACUACUGCCCUCUACUCUGAUAAAAUGACUGGCGUUAUUAGCGGCGGCAUUGUUUACAUGUACCACCAGGAGGAGAAUGACUACGGUCUGGUCCAAAUCAAGGGCAGCACCGCCUCCAAGUUGAAGGACUUUGACACUCUCUCGACCGCCAUGGCAUCCGUUCGCCCUUCGCCCACCCAGAUGGACGCCUACAAUCCCACCAAUUCCCCCGCCGCCUGCCCCACGGUCAACUCCAAGUGGGUCGUCAGCGGCGACCGCUUGCCCCCUACCCCCAACAACGACCUCUGCGAGUGCAUGUACAAGUCCUUGACCUGCGUUCCUUCGGACAACCUCAAGACCACCGACUUUGGCAAAAUCUUCAACUAUGUCUGCGACCAGACUCCCGAGGCGUGCGACGGCAUCAACGGCAAUGUCACCUCGGGCGUGUACGGACCCUUCUCUAUGUGCGGAGAUAAGCAGAAGUUGGGGUAUAUUCUCAACGAGUACUAUAACUCCCAGAACCAGGCCAGCGGCGCUUGCGAGUUCAAGGGGCAGGCCACCAUCCAGGCGGCCGAGGCUGAUGACCGGUGCAAGGCUAGCCUGGCUGAGGCCAGCGAGGCUGCUAGCAAUACCCAGGGUGGGUCAGAGACGAGCAAGAAUAUUGCCGUGCCUAUCCCCAUGAAGCACCUGUUUACGAUUGGUGACUUGGCUGUCGGGGCGUAUGUGGUUGUUGCUAUGGGCGUUGGUGCUGGUAUGGUGCUUUUGUAA